AUGGCAACUCAUGUUCUCGCAAGUUUCUUGACUCAGGCCAAUGCCUUGUUCAGAAAAAACUUAACCUAUCAGGGUACAACAUCGGAGGCAGGAAACACCAAUCAUCUUGAUCCAGGGAUUUACUCAGAUCUUCCUAUCUACAACAUCCAACCUCAGUGCACUCCACCCAAUACUACAUUAUCACUCUCAUUCGGAUAA